CAUCGCUUGCAGCAACACUGAGUUCGACGACGGCCGCCGGAUCAGUGCGUACUUUCAUUUUCUUGUAGAAGCAGUCGUAGCGUACCCCUGCCACCAUGUCUGACGAUGAAGAGUAUUCCUCGGAGGAGGAGGUCGUCGAGGAAACCAAAGAAGAACAGCCGGCAGCUAAAUCCGAGGGAGACGAUCCCGAGUUCAUCAAGCGCCAGGACCAGAAGCGCUCAGACUUGGACGAACAGCUGAAGGAGUACAUUAACGAGUGGCGCAAACAGCGAGCCAAGGAAGAGGAUGAACUCAAGAAGCUCAAGGACAAACAGGCCAAGCGCAAGGUCUCGCGAGCGGAAGAGGAGCAGCGCAUGGCUCAGCGCAAGAAGGAGGAAGAGGAGCGCCGCGUCCGGGAGAUCGAGGAGAAGAAGCAGCGCGAAAUCGACGAGAAGAGGAAGCGUCUGGAAGAGGCCGAGAAGAAGCGUCAAGCUAUGCUGCAGGCCAUGAAAGACAAAGAUAAGAAGGGACCGAACUUUACCAUUACCAAGAAGGAUAGCAACUUCGGCAUGUCCAACGCCCAGAUGGAACGCAACAAGACUAAGGAACAGCUGGAGGAGGAAAAGAAAAUCUCGCUCUCCUUCCGCAUCAAGCCCCUGGAGGUCGACGGUCUGAGCGCCGAUACGCUGCGUGCCCGUGCCACCGAGCUGUGGGAGACCAUCGUCAAGCUGGAAACAGAAAAGUACGAUCUGGAGGAAAGGCAAAAGCGUCAGGACUACGACUUGAAAGAGUUGAAAGAAAGACAGAAGCAGCAGCUGAGACACAAGGCCUUGAAAAAGGGUCUAGAUCCGGAAGCCCUCACCGGAAAGUACCCGCCCAAGAUCCAGGUCGCCUCCAAAUACGAACGUCGCGUCGAUACCCGCUCCUACGACGACAAGAAGAAGCUGUUCGAGGGUGGCUACAGCGCGUAUUAUCAGGAGAAGAUUAACAAAAAGUGGUCACAACGCCAGGAACUGUUUAUGGCACGCACGAAGACCAAACUUCCGAAGUGGUUCGGUGAGCGACCGGGCAAGAAGUCUGGCGAACCAGAAACCCCAGAAGGCGAGGACGAAGUCAAGCCUGAGGAUGAGGAAGUCGAGGAAGUGGAAGAGGAAGUCGUCGAGGAGGUGGUUGAGGAAGAGGAGGAAGAGGAAGAGGAAGAGGAGGAAGAGGAAGAGGAGGAGGAAGAGGAAGAGGAGGAAGAAGAAUAAAAAUGCACGAUCAUCGACGGUAGGUGGGCGAUCGGGCGCGGACCCGGAACAAGUACACCCCGGUUGCUGGCCGAAGGCCGCUGGUUGCUGGCCCGCUGGUGCUUGCUGUCACAACCGAAGCUUACGUUUCCCGGUGCUACGGCAUCCACCGAUCCGCCGGCUCCGCCACAGCCAAUCGGGCACCGGUAUCGCCAGGGAGUUCCGCACCGGGUCUGCAUCUCGGAAGCCUCGUUCAUCCGGAAGCAUUCAUAUCUAUCCUUCUCUUUUUUGUAAUAAACUACUUUCUACUACCAUUUCCACAAAAAAACAACAACCAAAGAAAAAUGAAAAACUUACUUUUCUCCAAUCGAGCAACGAAGAUCAAAUACACGCUAGAAUGGCACUAGUGGACCGUGGCUGGUUUGCAAUCUCACGGCGGGCGGUUUGCGCGACCGACGCCGACCGACCACCGGUGGCACUAGUGCAGAAGAACACAAAGAAAAAAACAGCGGUUUUACUAGGCAGCAUCGCCAUAGGAACGGAAAGAAAUGGCAACGCCAAGUUGGACACGAAGAACACCAUGCCCUUGCUAUUCGUGAAGAACGGCAAGCAACUACAUUUGUGGAAUGUAAGAAAGGACCGAACAACGGAAGCGGAAGAGAAAGAACAUACAAAAGAAACAUACAAACAUACAACAAACAAAAUCAACCAACAAGCACGAGAGGUACUCAAAUGUUAAAGCAGAAAAAUCGAAGCAAAUAAGAGAUACUAAGCGGAGGAACAACGAGAUUGAACACGCGUCUCAGCAUAACAUCAGUCAUGAAACUCUACUAUUUUAAUUGAUUAUUUAAUUAUUUAAAACAAGAACGCUCUUUAUAAAAAAUAAAUUAUUUAUUACAAACAACACAAAA